AUGGCUCAUUGCGAAAUUAACACAAUCGCAGAUGACACAUUCUUAUCACGUGGUUCGUUGAACUAUCUAGAUCUGUCAUAUAACAACAUUCCCCGUAUAACUGACAAGACCUUUUUGGGGCUAACAAAUCUGGUUUCCCUACAGAUCAGCGGGAAUCCGCAUUGUGAGCUGAGCGAGAAGACUUUUGAUAGUCUUUCGAAUCUGCAAGAACUCUAUAUUGCCGAAAUGGACUUGGAACGCCUUCUUCCUGUUAUGUUCACAAAUUUGAAACAUCUCAGACUUUUGGAUGUCCAUGGAAACAAAAUAUGGAAAAUUGAAUUUGAUUUUGGGGCUGUAUUCCCGAACUUACAACACUUGGAUUUAUCGAGAAACCUUCUAAAGGGACUGCCCAAACGGUACAACGACACGUUUUCACAUCUAACGACCGUCAAAAUGUCGGGAAAUCCUCUCCAAUGUAAUUGCGAAAUACGAUGGUUAAAGCAUUCAACGAAAAAGGCUCUGGACCCUGAAUAUGCCAGUGACGCAUUAGUUUGCUACGGCCCAGAACGUCUGAAAUAUGCUCCGAUUUUGCGCGUUCCUGAUUUAGAGUUUAAGUGUGUUGCACCCCAAAUAGUCAAUUGUACAACUGAAACGUACGUUGUGAUGGAAACGUCAUCCCUUCGGAUGUGGUGUGAAUUGGGGGGAUAUCCAUAUCCGGAUGUGACCUGGACAAGAUAUGAUGGAAAGAAUGUAGAAUUCACUUACGAAAACACUUCAAACUACUAUGUUUCUAGAACAGGAUCCUUGGACAUUUUCAACGUCUCAAAGGCCGAUGACGGUACGUGGACACUCGGUGCCAGCAAUUCAAUCGGUCAGAAAAGUCAUCAACUGAAAAUAGUUGUUACCCCCAAAACAACCACCACCACAACAACGUCAACAAUAACAACAACAACAACAACCACAACCACAACCACAACCACGCCGACGACGACAACAACAACAUCGACAACAACGCCUACACCAACCACAUCGACAACAACGCCGACGACGACAACGACAACAUCAACAACAACGCCGACAACAUCAACGCCGACAACAACCACAUCAACAACGCCGCCACAGACUACACCAACUACAAGUACUUUGAAAUCUACAACCGCAAAUACGAUAGUAAGCAGCAGCGAGCAUCAGUCAGCUAAUGGGGGUACGGUAAUCCAUAAAGCCCCCGAUCAUGUAAACCCUAACCCGGCAAACAUCACACCAGCUGACAAUGACAAGACAGACGACGAUAGCGAUGAGGACAAACCAACUAAUAGGACGAAAAUGGAAGACGAAGACGGUGGUGGAAUGAACAUGAUGAUGAUAGCAGGAGCUGGCGGAGGAGGUCUACUUGUAAUCGUCCUCAUCGCCGUCAUCGUCUACUGCGUGAAGAGUAAGACUAACAGGUCGACAACAGGAAUAAUGACAACGCUUGGAGGCAGGAAAUCUAGAACAAGUGCAUGGGAUAGAACAAUCCAUGGGAUAGAACAAGUGCAUGGGAUAGAAAAAUCGAUGGGAUAG